CAAGCCGUGUGAGCUCGCGCUACAUCAACACUCGAGUGGAGGAGACGACCCGGGACGCUGCUGAGGCUCAAUAACACGGACCAAUCCACACGGUCACCAUCACGGGCGAAGAUGAAGCUGGAGUCACUCUCUGUGCUGUGUCUGUCGCUCCUGUUGUUUCAUUCUUCUCUGGCCAAGAGAGGAGGCGGCUUCGGGAAAGGCUUCGGCUCCAAGAAGUCCUCCACGUCCAACCGAGGCAGAACCAACAGGAAUAAUGCGGGCUCUCAGGGUGGAUACCCCAAGCAGCCUGGACAACCCAAUCAGGGAGGCCACCCUCCGCAGUCAGGCAGACCUGGGAAUCCGGGUGGUUACCCCCAGCAGCCGGCUGGAGGCUACCCUAACCAGUAUCCAGCGCGGGGCUCCCCAUACGGAGGAGGCUAUGGCGGCUAUGGCGGUUACGGUGGUCAUGGUGGUCAUGGAGGUGGAUUCAUCAACCAAAACCCGAACAACAAAGUCCUGAGCCCUCAAUACGGGGGCAGCUAUGGAUAUGGGGGCCACGGUGCUGGUGGCGGCUCUCCCUUUUCCCACUCGGUUCAGGCAAUGGGCAUGCGUCCCUCUGACAGAUCCAGAGGGUUCGGACGCGGUGCGGUGAUGGCAGCAGCUGGAGGGGCUAUGGCAGGGAUGGCCCUGGGCUACGGGUUAGGGAGGUUCCCCCGUCCUCCCUUCGGCUUCCACAACCCCCAGGAGGAGCAUUACUACAACCACUACAUGUACAGGAGGUAUGGGGCCAAGUCCACCGAUGCCAACGACUACAGCAGAGACUACCGGUACAGCCAGCCCCCUCAAACCUACGACAGCUACAUGGACUCCUGCAUGAAGAGGACCGACCUUCUGCUGGCGGAGAACCCAAAGUCAAACAACGACCCGGCUGCUGCUACCACAAAUACAACCACUGCUGCCGCCUCAGGUCCAGACGUCGGCUCAGGCAGCAACACAACGGAGACCAACGGCACUGCAGCAGAUAACUCCUCGACCUCUGCACCUUCGCCGCCGCGCCCCCUAAAUCGGCCUGCAGCCGAUCCCGAGCCUCCGGCGUCACAGGUUGUCAGCAGCGCCGAAGACGACGACACGGUCAGCAUCGUGGAGAUCGGCUACCCGGCUCUGAUCGAGCAGGUGAAGGCCAGGAGAUGCAUGGAGCUGUACAUGGUCUACUCUGAAAGGUACCUGAAGGGGCCAACCGAUGGGGUGCAGCGACCGGAGACGGGCUGGCUGGGGUUUGUAGCCGUGGUCACCAGUACUACACUGAUGCUACUGAAUAGCAACAUGCUGAUGUCACUCCACUGAGGCCUUUGGUGAUGGAGGGUUUAUUAAAGGGAUGGAAAAUGAUUGGGGAGAGAGGACUUUCUUUAUCGUGUGUGGAUUUUCCACUUUUUUUUUUUUUUUAAUAUUAAGGCAUCACAUCCUCAUGCGUGUGCUUGAUUGGCGCAUAGUGCCUCAUCGUGGAACUAUGUGUUUAAAGAAAGGAAAUGGUUCGACCAGACAGCCAGUGAUGGAACAGACUGCUCUUGUGUUUUCCUCUUCUGAGAGACAAAGGGGCCCAUUUACUGUCCUUAAUACUCCAGGCUUCUGACCGAGGACAUAUCCGGCCCAUUAAUGUCCAUAUACUGUAGAUCUCAACGUGCUCUCUAACCGGGACAGAUUCAAUUACAACAAACUACAAGUGUUAAAACUCCUCACAGUGUGCACCUCUCGCCAUAGAAAUAGAGAGUGGCACUCCCGCUGCUCAUCUUUCUGUGUUUGUGAUGUGUUCACCAGAAACGUAUUUUUAUCCAGGGAAACUGGGUCUUUUUUUGCAUCAGAGGGAAAAGCACCCAGAGAGAGUAGCUGUGUAUUUGUAGCUGCGGCGCUGGUACAGACGGUUAUGGUGACGAUCUGUGUGACGGACAUCGGCUUCUUAAAUACGAUUAUUUUAACUCCAGGGCUGUUGAUGUCGGAGGAUAGUCUAAAGAGUUGGAAAACAGUGAAUAGUGUUCUAAAUCUAUCAGUUAAUACUGGACUUUAACCUGUCUAACAUACUCUACUAAUACAGUACAAAUAUCACUGCUUUUGAACGGGGAGUUUUACAUCCAGAGCAAUACUAUUUGUAAUGAUUCAUGUCAACUCAUUCCUUUGUAGCUUAAAACAUGAAUGGACUUUUAGCAUAUUAAAAUAGGUCCAUGAAAUACAUGAGGUUAAACCACAAAGACUGAUUAUUCAAUCUGUCUGUACUUAUUAUUAUGUGUAAACACAGACAGUAGUAUGCAUGCUGUUGUACUAACACAAUUACUUUGGAACCAAUGGCUGAGUAUGUAUGUAACCGUUUACCUCGUGUACUGCUUAGUACAGUGUGUCGUAUAUUUUCCAGAUACUUUUUAUACACUGGCGUCCUCCGUCCUUUCUGUCCAUUGUUCGGCCUUCCUCUGCUUAAUCCUGAGCCGGAGAGUCAUCUCCAAAUCCUCCUGAAUGUGAUCUUGCAACAUCAGCUGAGUUUAUAAUUGUUAAGGCCGCGUAUCAAGAUGUGUGAUUUUCUCUCUCACAGAAGCUAAUUACUUAAACAAAACUAUUCAUAUAAAGGUACACUCUGGAGUUUUAAUCUGAAAAGGAACAAAUGCAGUGGAGUAAAAAGUACGAUAUUUGCCUCUGAGAUGCAGUGGAGUAGAAGUAGAAAACUAGCAUAACAUGGAAAUACUCAAGUGAAGUACAAGUACCUUGAAUGUGUAGAAGUAUUUAGUGACUUUCCAACACUAAAACCAGGAGAUUCACAUUUCAAUCACUGAACUGCAAUUACAACCAACAGGUUUCAUUGACUGUGGAAGGAUCUGAUAAAACUCCACAGUGUACCUUUAAUGUGUCCUGUGAACUUUCUAUGUGUUUGAAAAUGCUGAUGUGCCAAUUUUAAAAAGCCCCGUAAGCCUUUUAACUGUGUGGAGUCCCAUGUACUGUCCUGCUGGAGCUCCUGCUGAAUACUGAGGGUUGACUCACACAUUUUGGAUUUGUUCUUGUCAAAUAAACUUUACUAAUGUGC